UCUCUCUCUCUCGGGAUUAUAUGCAUGACAUGUAUACUACCCUCUUCUCUAUAUUUCACGUUGCUGCAUCUCGUUGGCUAGUACUUAGAGUGGCUUCCCAUCAGAAGGUAUUAAAUAUUGGAUUUACUAAUUUGGCUGCGCAUCUAUACAGUUGCUCUCUCCAAUCCAUCGUUCGGUCCACUCGAUCACUUGGAGUCAUUUGAAGGUAAUUAAAUUACUUUGCUUCUUUUCCGAUCGACUGUAUAAAUUAGCUGCUGUUGCUGCCUUGGAAUUCAACGUUCCUUCAGCUCAAUUGUUUACUUGCGGUUGAUUAACAAUGUAUGCUGAUGUUCGUGGAUCCUUGACACCUUGUUGGCUGGACGAAAGAUGAUUAUCAGAAAUCAUCCAAAAGGGUGUGUUGCUGCACAAGUAUUUUGAAGGGAGAACCUGUUAUCAUCUCUUGUAAAAGCGAAGUACUAAUCUGAAAAUGAAGUUUAUGAAAAUUGGAACCAAGCCGGACACCUUCUACACUGAAGAUGCUACCAGGACCGUGAUUUCAGAUGUACCCAGCGACUUUGUCAUACAAAUUAACGACAUAAGUUAUCUUCUCCAUACGUUUCCACUUCUUCCAAAAUUUGGCCUCUUACAACGGCUUUGCUCUCACUCUGGUGAUUCGGAAAAGAUCAGCAUAGAGCUUCACGAUAUUCCAGGAGGUGAAGAUGCGUUCGAAAUGUGUGCUAAGUUCUGUUACGGAAUUAUGAUUAAUCUCAGCGCCUAUAACUUUGUACCUGCAUUUUGUGCUGCUAAGUUCCUCCGAAUGACUGAGUCAGUAGAGAAGGGAAAUUUUGUUCCGAAACUUGAGGCUUUCUUCAAUUCGUGCAUUCUUGAAGGUUGGAAAGACUCUAUUGCUGCACUACAAACUACAGUGAAGUUUCCUGAGUGGUCUGAGAAUCUUGGGAUCAUCAGAAAGUGCAUUGAUUCAAUUGUUGAGAAAAUCCAUACUCCUACAGCAAAGGUUUCAUGGUCCUACACUUAUACCAGGCCUGGCUACACCAAAAAGCAACAUCAUUCUGUCCCAAAGGAUUGGUGGACUGAGGAUAUAUCAGACCUUGAUGUAGACCUGUUUCGAUGUAUAAUUACUGCUGUUAGAUCCACGUCUAUGCUGCCACCGCAGCUCAUUGGGGAAGCCUUGCACGUCUAUGCUUGUCGUUGGCUGCCAGACACCACAAGAACACCUCCACAAACAGGUGAGGAAUUUAUGGAAAAGAAUCGAAGAAUUGUUGAUAGCAUUGUGAACAUGAUUCCCGAAGACAAGGGAGCAGUUUCUGUUGGUUUCUUGCUAAGGCUUAUUGUCAUUGCCAAUUACUUGGGAGUGUCCCCAGUGACAAAGACAGAAUUGUUAAGGAGGUCCGGUCUACAACUCGAAGAGGCAACGGUGGAUGACCUGAUUUUUCCUUCACACUCUCCCGCUAACCCAGAAUUUUACGAUAUUGACUUGGUUUUGGCAGUGUUAGAAAGUUUCUUGGUGCUAUGGAGAAGACAAUCCCCUGCAGCUGCUUCUGAAUUGAACAGAAGCGCUCAGGUUUUAGGAACAAUGAGAAAGGUUGGGAAACUCAUUGAUUCGUACCUUCAAGUCGUUGCCAAGGAUGUCAACAUGCCAGUUUCAAAAGUGGUAUCACUGGCUGAAGCUUUGCCGGAUAUUGCAAGGGAAGACCAUGACAGCAUCUACAAGGCUAUUAACAUUUAUCUGAAGGAGCAUGGGGAUCUGAGCAAGGCAGACAAGAAGCGCCUGUGCCACAUUUUAGACUGCCAGAAGUUGUCGCCUGAGGUACGUGCUCACGCUGUGAAAAAUGAGCGGCUACCAUUGAGGAUUGUUGUGCAAGUCCUCUUCUUUGAACAAGAGAGAGACAGAGAUUCCAACUCCAAGGCAGCAGCAGCAACUCCUGAUCGUCGCAAACAUAAACCACUGCCGGUUACACCCUCCCAGUCCCAGGAGCCAGGGAAACAAACAGUGCCAACUAGCAGAGAAUCAGAUAGUCAUAGUCAUGAUAAGGUAAAAUUUGGAGCAGCAAAUGUUCAUGAUAAAUUCAGUAGUAGUACCACUGGAAAGAGAGAUUAUGCGCUGCUGCAGAUGCAAAACAAAAGAUCAGACGGAAGGUUAACAGUCGAAAACGAAAGGAAAGGUGUCAGAUCGGAAACGCAACAAGUAGAUCAUCAAGGACAUAAUACCAGAAGGGAAAUCCUAAGAGAAGGAGCAUCUGGAUCUGCAGGAGCAGGGAGCAAGUUGGACGCUAAGAAGAUGAUCCAAAGGGGAAGUAGGCCGGACCAUGGCCGCGACAAAGGUAAAGAUAGGUAGCAAAAACGUACACGAACAUCUCAUCCUCGUUCCCAUUGCACUUCUAACUUCUUGUAAUUAAGUUUUUCUUUUUGUUUGUUCCUUAUUCCUCUGGAAUUGGAGAAAAUGUUUCAGUUCUGAACAAUGUUAUCUUAUGAUGAGUACUGUCCACCAUUUGUGUCAUACUCUAAACUUAAAGGUGGGAACUUCUUGC